AUGGUGCUUGCAAAUAACGAGACUAUCUGCUACUUCAAAGCGGAUUUAAAUGUGGAGGAUGGUUUACGUGUUCCACGUAUUUUGGGCCUUGUCCAAGGGGAAGACGGCUCUUCUUACAUGGGAUUACUGCUCUCGUAUAUCGACUGUGAUGGCAGGACGCUGGAAGGCGCCGUCCGUGCUGACACCCCGAAGCACUUGCGACAGCGCUGGGCGGAUCAAGUCAUUAGCACUUUGAAGCAUCUUCAUGAAGCUGGCAUUGUGUGGGGAGAUGCAAAGGCAGCAAACGUUUUGGUUGACAGAAACAUGGAUGCAUGGAUCAUUGACUUUGGAGGUGGUUUCACAGAAGGCUGGUUUGAUAGGGAGAAAGCAGGGACUGUUGAAGAGCGAAGCUCUGGACAAAUGUUGAUUGGUCGACUCAAAAAGUGCCAGAAGGUUAUUGCUAACUGUUUGGAAUUUGUUAAGCUCAUUUUUCAAUCCUUCAAACUCGUCUUUGAACCCCUCAGACUUCUCGGACUGUUCAAGCUCCUUUUCAAGAUCGAGAGGUGGAAGGCAUCCGAUAGUCCUCAAAAGCGACAUGCUAGACUGGCGGGCGCGAUUGGCGGGGUCGGCUGGACUCAUAACCUCAUUCCAUUCUAUCAAUCUUUUCGCGAAGCCAUUCGCCCAGGAUACAGCCCAGCGACACUUCGUCACUUCGUCAGCGGACUGGGGUUGCUACAGAACCAUCUUAAAGCUCUUAAUCCCUUCCCCGUUCAACCUCUGAUGUCCCACGGCUGCCGCGAUAUUAAUAAGGGCAUGGAAGUUUCGAAAAUGAACCUGAACGAAGAUUCCCUCCUCACCCAAUCAGGCGCCUGCGAUAUCCCUCCUAGAUAUUGA